UCCGGGUUCCGGGCUAGCAAAGAUUGCGAUUCUGUUGCGCAGUCUGCAUGAGCUGAGACUAGCUAAGAGUGGAUUUACAGCCGACGUUGGAACUAGUGUUGGAGACUCCUUCAUCGUGGCAGAAACCUAAAGGGUCCCAGCGGCGGGGUGAUCGACCUUUCCCAAGCCAGCCUGACAAGCCUCCUACCGCACAAUCCCGGCUGCAGGUGUACGGAAAUGGAGUCAUGCAGGGCCUGUGGCUUUCUUUCAUUCAAAGCUCAGCCUCAAACCCUGUGCUUGCCUUUCCCCUCUGACCGUAGUGACCGUUUCAGAGGCUGCAGGGGUGCAGACUGCAGUUGAUGAAAACUAAGUCGGAUCCUGGACGGGAGGCCAUGUUGCGUGCCACUCCGCCUGUCUGUGCCCUGCCUGCAAAGAUGUUGGAAACAGCAUACGGGGAAAGAUCUUUUGCUUUGGUUUUUAAUCUUCAAUGAACACCUGUUCCAGAUUACAGAAUCGCGAGAGCUGAUGGGAGAGGAAUCUCUUCUUAAAUUCAACCAGUUUCACCUUUAUUGAGCGAUUCCUUCUUAACAGACAGGACUCUUAGCAAGGUAAGCAUAUAUUGACUCGAGAAAAAGAAAAGUCUACCCAGGGCCUUGUGCUUACCUAAUACGACUUGUGCUUACCUAAUACAAAAUUUAAUCUUAUGCGUAGAUAGGAGAAGGCAUUCUAGCUUUCUUUUGCGGCUGUGGCCACGCCUCCCUGGCUUGGCAGUCCUGCUGUCUCCUCACCCCCACCCUAGUCACAUCUUUCAGUUUCGAAUGAAGUUCUGUUCCGCAUCUUUAGUGCUUAGAUCUGUUCCAAUCUCUCCCCAAUGCCUUGUUUCCGUUCCGAAAAGACUUCCCAGGGUCUACCCGACUCCCAUAUUGGCGAGUGAGCCAUCGGCCAUAGUAUCCGGGCAUACAUACAAGAAAAGUUGUGGGGUUUUGUUUUUCUUGUUUUGUUUUUUGGUAUUUGUUUUAGUGUUGGAGGUCGAACCUAGGGCCUUCUAGCAUGCUAGCAGCCAAGGGCUCUCCCACUUAGCUGCACACCCAGCUCCUGGUUUAGCUCCUGUUUCUCCAGCGAUACUUUUAGAGCCCCGUCCUAAAAGCUCUUAACUAUUCCUAUAGUCCUAAAUCCCCCAGCCGCCCCCUUUACCGCCCGCCCAUUCUAAACUUGAUCCCAUCCCCUAUAUCAGACCUUGUUCCGCCUAAUCUAAGUUUUACAAGUUUGGUCUUCAGGUUCAGCUAGAACCCCUGGUUCUUGAGCCCGUUCCCACACAAGUCAUGGUUUAUGGUUUUGCUGCUCUGUUAACUUUCCCUGCUCAAGUCAUGCCUUCUGGGAAUACGGUCUGGUCCAAGGCUGUUCUCUGCCUUGGCAACAACCCUAAACCUUUCCCAGCCCAAGCCAAACCUUUUACGCACGCCACUAGCCUAGAAACGCCCCUAGUCUCUUCCUACUGAAGCCACGCCUUCCCAUUGUUGCGGACGGCCUCCAAUCGGCUCCUCUGCCCCUGGCCACACCCCCCACUCGGCGGCGCUACUUCAAAUGCUAGUACUUUGGCCUCGCUCGCAACACAGUUGCUCUUCGUCUCUUUCCCUCUCUCCCAGAGUCCCGCCUAGGGACUUUUCUGCUUUUCCCCAGCCCCUGGGCCCCCUGGUCACGGCCCAGGACCACGCCCAGCCCGUUGGAGCCACGCCUUCUAGGCGUGUGCCUUUCCUCAGCCCGGCCUGCAAGGCGUCUACCUGCCUCAGCUCGCCACGUCUCCGGGCUCUGGCUACGCCCCGAGCCCUGUCUUGCCAGAGUCACGCCUUCUGGGUUGUCUGCUGACCCUUCCGGGUCUGCUGCUUAUACUUAGCUCCACCUCAUGGCCACGCCCCCGGGGCGUUCCUCACCCCCCAGCCUUCUGGGUUUGCUGUUCGUCUUCCCUCCCGGCCCUGGCCACGCCUCAUGCCCCCUCCUCUCCUCAGCCACAUCUAGGUUUUCCUAUUCCCAGUUCCUCCCGUUGGCCAAGCCGGUCAGGCCUAGUCAGUCUCUAGUCUUGGCCUCCAAACGGUCGUCAGACCGCGCCAGUCCAGUUCCGGGGCCUCAGGCACUUUUCUAGGAAGUUAAGGACCCUCGGCAGGCUUAGGAAAGUCGUGCCGGUUCGGCCAGUCCGGCCACCUCAGCGCCCUCGGGGGAGUGCGGCCUUGCCACCACCGGAAACGGAAGCACACGACGGCCGGACCAUGGCGACGCUGUUUGACCUCCCAGACUUGGUGCUCUUGGAGAUCUUCUCUUACCUCCCUGUCCGGGACCGGAUCCGCAUCUCCAGGGUCUGUCACCGCUGGAAGAGGCUAGUGGAUGACCGGUGGCUAUGGCGACACGUCGACUUGACGCUCUACACGAUGCGGCCGAAAGUCAUGUGGCACCUCCUGCGCCGGUACAUGGCAUCCCGGCUCCACUCGUUGCGCAUGGGCGGCUACCUGUUCUCUGGCUCUCAGGCCCCACAGCUGUCCCCGGCCUUGAUGCGGGCCCUGGGCCAGAAAUGCCCCAACCUGAAGCGCCUGUGCCUGCACGUGGCUGACCUGAGCAUGGUGCCUAUCACUAGCCUGCCUUGCACACUGAGGACCCUGGAGCUGCACAGCUGCGAGAUCUCGAUGAUCUGGUUGCAGAAGGAGCAGGACCCCACAGUGCUGCCACUGCUGGAAUGCAUCGUGCUAGACCGAGUACCAGCCUUCCGCGAUGAGCACCUGCAGGGCCUUACCCGCUUCCGAGCCCUGCGCUCGCUGGUGCUGGGUGGCACUUACCGGGUCACUGAGACCGGGCUAGAUGCCAGCCUGCAGGAGCUCAGCUACCUGCAAAGGCUGGAGGUGCUGGGCUGCACCCUGUCGGCCGACAGCACCCUGCUGGCCAUCAGCCGCCACCUCCGAGAUGUGCGCAAGAUUCGGCUGACCGUUGGGGGCCUGUCAGCCCAGGGCCUAGUCUUCCUGGAGGGAAUGCCUGUCCUGGAGAGUUUGUGCUUCCAGGGUCCCCUUAUCACCCCAGAAAUGCCCACACCCGCUCAGAUUGUGUCCUCCUGCCUCACCAUGCCUAAGCUCAGAGUGCUUGAGGUGCAAGGGCUGGGCUGGGAGGGCCAGGACGCAGAGAAGGUCCUGUGCAGGGGCCUGCCCCACUGCAUAGUUAUCGUCAGGGCUUGUCCCAAAGAAUCCAUGGAUUGGUGGAUGUGAGGGCAUCACCCAUCCAUCUCUGGAACCUAGCCUAGCUCUGAAAGUGACCUUCCAAGCAAACUGAAUCCUGUAAAUUAAUCAGGCAUGAGGGACCUGGAGGGCUCAAGGAGAGGAAGCUAGGACCUUGGGGCUUCCUGAGCUGGGCUUGUCUGUAAUCUGGGUGACCUCAGACUUGUCAUCCAGCCUCUGGAAGGCCCAGUUCACACAUUUAGGAAUAUGCAUCAUAGCUACCUCAUGAUUCAUUUUUAAAUCUUUACCAUCUCUCCCUGCCCCCCCCCUUUUUUUCCCAAUACCUGAGAUCAAAACCAUGGCCUUAGGUAUGUUAGACAAGCAUUGUUGUGUGCCUGAGCUACACUGGAGCCCUGGGAAGCCUUAACAAACCCAGAAGACCCUUAUCGAGGGCUCAUCUUCAGGAAAGGUCAGGAGCAGGUCAACGUGUUCAGGGCUCUGAGGUCGGCCUGGUUUUCUACCUACAUGGUUGAGAGACAUGGAGGUCAGGGGCAGGGGAGCCAUGCUGUUCGAGUUUUCUAAGAGGUUCUCAAUCAUUUACUGUAUUUUGUAUCCUGCCUUUUUCAAGUUUUCUACAGCAUAUAAUAUUUUACUAUUAAAGAAAGAGAAUGUUUUUCAAA